AUGGGGUUCCGGGGGGCCGUGAUUGCGGCCCUGUGGCUGUGGCUGUGGGCGGGUGCUCCCGCGGUGAUCGCCCAGAGGGACGGCGCCCUGCGGACGGGCACCUUCACUGUCGUCGCCACGACGCCGUCUGUUUCGUCGCCGACUCCCGUGGCCGAAGAACCGGCGAUGGCGCCCGCGGGCAGCAUGCCGGCGGCGAACUCGUCGAUGAAUUCGACGGUGGGGAUUAACGCCACGGGGGCGCUGAACGUGACAGGGGGUACCGGCUCGGUGGAUGAAGAUCUCGACGCUGAGAUAAUAGACAACGCGCUGGGGACGCCCCAGGAGAUGGGCGAGGCGGAUGCCGCGCAGGAAGACGAGCGGACCCCGCCCGUCGACGUUCCUCCCCCCGCUGAGGCGUCGGGGCCGUCGACCGCCACGGGGACGAUCGAUCCAGCCGACCAAGCCACCAGCGGCGAUUCGAAUCUCAUUCCUACUGACGACGGCUUGUUGACCGUCGUCCGGCCGUCGCCCUCUCCUGCCCCGCCCGUCGCCUUGGGGCCUUCCCCAUCUCGCUCACCGCCAUUCGGCGGCACGACUUUGCCAAAUUCAUCCUCCGCCUCCCCGCCGGCCACCGCCCCGCCGUUGAGGCUGACCGGUCCCCCCCCCGGAGCUGCCCCAUCUCCCGCCCCUGCUUCCAAAUCGCCCUCUUCCCCAGUGGCCCAAUCGCCUCAUGCAGCUCCAUCCCCUCAACUGGCCAAACCUCCUCAACUAUCCCUUCCUUCUCGAGGAGCGGCUCCUCCUCAAGGGGCACUUUCUCCUAAUGCAGCACCUUCCCCAAGGCAGGAGCUGUCCAUUCGGCAGGCUGUGGUCCCAGAGCAGUUUGCUGAAUCGCCGGGUGCGGCCCCGACGCUAGGGGAGUUCGCGGAGGAACCUGCAGAAGGUCCUGUCGCCCUGCCACCCGAGGCCAUACUGGUGGCGGCUGCGCCUGUGUCGCAGAUGCAAGUGGAAGAUAUGGAAGUGACGCUGGAAGUGCAGAUGGCGAUCAGUUCGGGAGAUCCCUCUGAGGCCGCCGAGGUGUUUGUCGAGACGGAGACCGUGACGGGUGUGGCGGACGGUUUGAGGGCGCCACCAGAAUUCACUGUCGAGGCAUUCCCAGAAGAUGCUCCACUGCAGGAGAAGGACCCCGACGUUGUGGCAGCAAAGGGUGUGGCGAUUGCAGUGGUCCAGGCCAUCGACUCAGAUCCGCAAAUCGUGGAAAGGAUGGCAGAUGCCAUCAUCGAGUCUGCCCUUCCCAAGCCACCUCGACGCUUCUGCACCACUGGUGACCCAAACCGACCAGAUUGGUGGUACGCCCAUGUUGGGGGCACAAGGAGCGACUGGACGCGCAACUCAGAUGCAAAAUGCCUGGGCAGUGUGACGUUCAACCCCGUUGGUUGGGGUGAGGAGCCAUGCGUGUCAGGAUCCACAAGGAGCGAGUGUGAGAGGAGCCUCAACAUAGGUGAGCGGGAUGAUGCUUUGUGA